AUGACGAGCAUUCUCCGUGGCGACGAUGUCCGCUACGAGGUCUCUCUCGACUUGCCCACCGCCAUGAGCAAGUUUGCCAAGCCAUGGCAUCUAGCCUUCGUGACCAUAUAUUGCUCCCGAGCCUUCACUACCUCCGCAAAGAAAACCAAGAAGUUAUCCCCACGAAAAUCUCCUUCCUAUGCUUCAAUUUCGAUCCUCGAUCUGGUCCAGAGCACUGGCUCUGAUCAGCCCAGCUCCUUCAACAUUGAUCAGUCACAGCUCACCAAGCUGGUCAAGGACAAGGACCUCUGCCACCUCCAGGAAUUCGGCGGGGUCCAGAAAGUAGGCUCAGCACUCGAAACUGAUGUCUCGGCCGGAAUAAGCGGCGACCCACACGAUGUCUCUCGCCGGCAAAAUGCAUUCGGUGUCAACGCAUACAAGAAGCCGCCUGCCAAGAGCUUCUUCCACUUUGUGGUCGAGGCUUUCAAGGACCUCACAAUCAUGAUUCUUCUUGUUUGUGCCGGGCUUUCUCUCGGGUUCGGGAUCAAGGAGAACGGAGUCAACGAAGGCUGGUAUGAUGGCGGCAGCAUAUUCGUCGCAGUGUUCCUCGUAAUCGCCGUGUCUGCCGGGAGCAAUUACCGCCAAAACCAGCAGUUCGAAAAAUUGUCUCGGGUGAGCGGUAAUAUUCUCAUAGAUGUGAUAAGGAAGGGUCGUCCGCAGCGGGUUUCAAUAUUUGAGAUCGUCGUCGGAGACGUCGUUUGUUUGAAGAUCGGUGAUCAAGUUCCGGCAGAUGGUCUGUUCCUGGACGGGCAAUCCUUGCAGGUAUGGACGAAAAUUUGUACUGGUUUGAAGCAUUAG